ACUUCGUGCAUAAAUUUGAGCUACAGUAACGCAAAAUCCAAUUAACAAGAUCAUCUUCGCCGUGAAUGUUUCAGUCUAUCGGUGGUUCUUCCCUCUCAUUUGAUUUUCUAACUCUCUCCUCUUAAUCUGGAUCUUUAACAGUGCUUGAUCAAAUAUGGGAUGCUCAGCUUCGAAAACGUCCAAAGUUGUGGUCCCGAUACCAACAGAGCUAAAAGAAAAUUCAAAAUCAUCACCCAAAGAAAAUACACAAGAACUUCGAGCCGAGACAGGAAGUAAAACUUCGACAGCAAUUCUAGUGAAACAGUCCAAUGUCGACAGUUUAAAAGGAAGUCAAAGUAGUCUGAAUUCAAACUCUGAUUCUGAAAGAUCCAAUCGGGAAAGCUCGGCGAAAUCUACGAGAACCAUGGAUAGUGGUUUAGGUGAAUUAGAAGACGACGAAAAUAUUGUGACAGAAAAAUCAACGCUGGACAAAGAGAAGAAAGCACUGAUAGACGAGAGGCCUCCGACGCCAGAGCUAUGCAUCGAAGGUACUCAAGUUUCAAGAAGGAAGAGUUUGAAGGAGAAGCGAGUUUCCUUUUCAGAAAAACAGGAAGAAGUUAGAAACCGAAUAAAUGCUUUAUCGCCGCUUGGUGGAGUGACAGAAAGACCCCAGAGCAGGGGUGGAAUGGCGUUUGAUAUCAUGUUGGUUCCUGAAACCGGUAACGUGAAAAGAAGGCCUCAACACCUGGAGACGUUGGAAAGGCGGAAGAAGAAAGGAGCUCGAAGAACCAAGGAAGAAAUAGAGGAAAAGCUUAAACACGCCGAGGAUAGAAGAAGAGAGAAAGAACAGCACAUGAGAGAGAAAGCGCACGCUAUGAUUUCUAGAGAAAGACAAGUUAAACAAGCUUUAGAUGACUUUGAACAACGACAAAUAAAUAACGAACAAACUGUCUCUAGCUGAAGGCUCUAUCUCCGAAAAAGAUCUUGGUUUGAUGAUUAUAUUUUUUUAACGGUUGAGUGGUAAUUUGUAUAAUAUAUUAUAUAAAGGUCUUCCUUGCCUUUGUCAAGAGAGUUUUUCUGCUGCCUCACUGCAAGUUAUUUUUGUUGAAACCAACUGUCCUCAUAUGUUAAAUAUAUUGGAAAGCAGCACUUUCUCGACUAAAACAUUUUCUUCAUUUGAAUGACUUCGCUCCAAGUUUUGAUAUUCAUACUUUCUGUAAAUACAACUUUAUCAUACACUCCUAGGGGCAAGAGAUGGAAUUUACCGCAAAGCUAGCUAUGCUAGCCAUAGUCAAUACUAAUGUUGAAAGUUAUUGGUCAUUUUUUCAACAACUAACAGUACCUUAAUUUGUACUAAUUGUGAUUGGUGGUGUAGAAUGCAUACAUUUGAGGAAUCUUGUCAAUAAAUUUGCUUCUUGGAAGAAAUUGAUAGGGUUAAAUUGUAAAAUAGUCUUAUUGUGUGGGAAUAAGUUAUUGUUUGAGAAAAAGAAUUUAUGAAAAUUAUGAGAUUAACAAGAGUGAAAUUAUUGUACAUCAAUAAAGGUUUUGUGAUAAAACUGCA